UAUUCUCUCUGUAUUAUUGCUCAGAAACCAGCCACCAUGGGGAGUUAAGGGGGCAGUCGACGGGUCAUUUUUGUUAAUAUUUAAUAUCAGAAAGCUUUCCAUAUGCUGCGUUUUGGAGCACACAGUUCGCGCCAGUAUCCCCAAUGCAGCGAAUUACGGGGAUCGGGCUUUCAGAGACGGGUGAAUUGUUUGCCAGCAAAAUCAUUGCUAGAGGGGAAGAUCUGACCUCUGCCUUGUGCAAUCAAAGACAUGAGUGUUGUCAGAGAAUUACAUGGGAUUGGGUACAGGGGCGGUGGUGGGGUUGUGGCCUCUCUGAGCGGCCCUACCCACUUUACCGAGGAUGCUCCACGACCCCCAGUUCCUGGUGAGGAGGGAUCUGAUGUGGACCCCCCAGUCCAGUCAGUCAACACCCGUCCAAACACCCUUUCCCAAACCCUUGGCUAUCCGACGUCAUCGUCAUCCUCUAAAAUGGGGGAUCCAUCAAGUUACACACCCUCCUCAUCGUCUGCGACCCCGCGGCGCCCGGAUCUGGACUUGGGGUAUGAACCUGAGGGCUCGGCUUCACCAACUCCACCUUACCUGAAGUGGGCAGAGUCGCUUCAUUCUCUCCUAGACGACCAGGAAGGCAUCCAGCUGUUCCGAAACUUCCUGUGCCAGGAAGGGUGUGCAGACCUUCUCGACUUCUGGUUUGCUUGCUCUGGAUUCAGGAAAACCAGCCAGGAGAAGAGGGCGAAGCUGGCGAAGGCCAUCUACAGGAAGUACAUUGUAGACGGAAGUGGGAUUGUCUCCAGGCAAAUCAAAGCAGCCACCAAGAGCUUCAUCAGAGACUGUGUGGGAAGGCCGCAUCCAGACCCGGCCAUGUUUGAACAGGCCCAGACAGAGAUCCAGGGCAUGAUGGAGGAGAACACCUACCCUUUGUUUCUUAAGUCGGAUCUGUACCUGGAGUACACGCGGACAGGAGGAGAGAGCCCCAAGCCUAACCCCAGUGAUCAGAGCCCUUCAUCGGGGCCAGCCAAGCCUGUGCCUGGGUACUUGCCCACACUCGCUGAAGAUGAGGAGUGGAGGUGUGGAGGAGGAGUGAGGGAGGAGGAGGAAGAGAAAGAUGAGGAUUGCGGAGACACACCAGCUGGUAGGCUGACUCAAAGCUUGCUGAUGCAGACGGCACCGCAGAGAGCCUCGACCAACAGGAGGAGGCCGGACAGCAGGGAGUACAGGCCGUGGAGGGAGCCGGUAAACCCAUACUACGCAAACAUGGGCUAUGCUCGCGCUCCAGCAACCAGUGCCAAUGACAGCGAGCAACAGAGCAUGUCGAGCGAUGCAGACACACUGUCACUGACCGACAGCAGUGUAGAUGGUAUUCCUCCAUACAGAUAUCGGAAGCAGCAUCGCAAAGAGAUGCAUGAAAGUGCCAAAGCCAAUGGACGUGUUCCCCUACCUCAUAUACCUCGCACGUACCGCAUGCCAAAGGACAUCCACGUAGAGCCUGAGAGGUUUGCAGCGGAGCUCAUCAGCAGGCUGGAGACGGUUCUCAGAGAGAGAGAGGCCCAGGAAAGACUUGAAGAGAGGCUGAAGAGAGUACGACUGGAAGAAGAGGGUGACGAUGCUGACAUCUCCGUGACAACCUCCAUGUCUUCUCAUAGUAUACCACUCCCCCUCCCCUCGUUGUUUCCACCUCACUACGGCGCCCGUUAUUCAGAGACCACUGCUAACACAGCAACAGUCGCCACUUACGGCGGCCUGGUUGCCAUGGAGGAUCCCCAAGACGACGACCCGGAAUCCAUUUUGGAUGAGCAUGUACAGCGCGUGAUGAAAACGCCGGGCUGCCAGUCACCAGGGGCAACCAACAGCACCUUAGGCGGAGGCGGUCGGCACUCUCCUCCCAAAUCAUCGCGUUCACCUGACGGGGGGAUCGGCCCGCCUCACUGCCCCCCGCACCGAGUGGGAGGCCACAGUCAGCCUCCUGCUGGGGUCAAAGGUAUGCAUCACCACAAGCCGCUGUAUCACCACAGAGGAAGAGAAGGGCCGGAGGAGGCGGGUUCUAGGCCUCAGGCCAACCUCAUGUGGAACGGAGACCCGGCCAGCCAGUACGCAGGGAGAAGUCGUAACUACGCCGACGGGGCUGGAGCCAGCAUGCUUGACGGCAUGGGUUACAGUAGUAAAGGCAGCACGUUGUCACGACGAAGUUGCAAGAAGACGCCAGAGACGUCAGGCAAAGUUGAUGAGAGUGGGCGUGGCAUGGAUGGCCAGGUACCACUGGAGGAUCUGGAGAGAAACCAGAAGAUCCUGCAGUGGAUGAUGGAAGGAGACAGACAAAGGAAGACCUCGCAUGGUGGCAGCACCAGUAGCUCUAGGAGGUCGGGAACAAGCUGCGAGUCGCCGCGUCCAGUUUCUGUGGAGCGACCUGGAGCCGUGCACCCCUGGGUCUCUGCCCAGCUGCGUAACAACCCCUCUUCGGUGUCCCCUGCCAUCCCCGGCUCAUCGUCCACCCAGGUCAAGCCCUCGCACCCGUUCAUCCAGGACCCAGCUAUGCCCCCCAACCCGGCUCCCAACCCCCUCACCCAGCUAGAGGAGGCUAGGAGGAGACUGGAGGAGGAGAGGAGGAGGAACGCACUACAGCAGGCCAAGCAGAGGCAUAAGUCUGGUAAGCGCCAAGUGUGUGAGAACAUGACGGUGGCUUACUACUUUUGUGGAGAGCCAAUCCCAUACAGAACAUCAGUCAAAGGCCGUGUGGUGACUUUGGGCCAGUUCAAGGAGCUGCUUACCAAAAAGGGCCAUUACAGGUUCUAUUUUAAGAAAGUGAGCGACGAGUUUGACUGUGGCGUAGUGUUCGAAGAGGUUCGUGACGAUGACGCCAUCUUGCCUAUCUUUGAGGAAAAGAUCAUCGGGAAGGUGGAGAAGGUUGACUGACAUUUGGAUACAGGAAGAUGACACAGAAUUGGGGGGGGAAAAACCCAUCAUUUUGAGAAAUGGAGAUAGGAAGAGAACAUUGGGGUUGGAUAGAAAUGCCGCUGUGAGAAAAUGAAUGAAAGAAAGUAGAAAGAUGGAAGGAGCAAUGUGUGACAGAAGGGAGAAUGCGCUGCAAGGUAGAAGCUUGAGUAUUAAGGAGGUGGUUAUUUGUAUGGACUAUCUGGAUGUCGGUGUCACGCCUGGAUCAAACCCACAUAAAACAGUAGCGCAGAAGAGGAGCAUAAAUUAUUUCACCUGUCUUGUCUCCACUGUGGAUAUUCGAGGAGCGCUGUUCAAAUCGGACGUUUGACCAGUCUUCCACUUUCACUGCGAUGGAUGGAAAAGGGUGCGGGGGGCUGCUGGAAGGAGAGACGAGAAAGUAGUCUUCCGCUUGUGCUCUGGAGGAGUCUGUCCUCCGCAGACCAUUACGAUGCUGCUACAUUACCACGGAAACUCUUCAAUCGGUGCUCAGGACAGCAAAGAAAGCAGUUUUGUUCCAUUCGGGAGUCUCGCUGCCUUUUGCUGUCUCUGUCUCAUCAGCUGGUGACAAGGGGAGAAGACAGAUGAUUUUAGGGAGUGGAACUUUGGCCUGCUUCUCCUCUCGUUGAAUUCAUAGCCUCAAAACAGAGACUUUGUCACCCUUGAUUCCUAGAUGUCAUGUAGUGAUCUCUCACAUCAACAUGUUCAGACAACAGUUCUCUACAUAACUUGUUUACCAAAGCUACAUAUUUUUGAUAAGACAAGUAUCCUAGCUACUUGUUUCAUUUUAUUUGAAUUGUGUAUGUACAAGGCAGGUACUAUUACUUAUUAAUGCAGCCUAAUUUCGUUAUAUCUCAACUUAAUGGUGUAUUAUUGUGUAUGUUUUGAAGCUUGUUCAUUAGUCAUUUCAGGACAGCCAUUUUGUUUGCCUCCCCUCCCAUAAUACAUCCCUACACCUCACUUCUGUACUGUUUACCUGUGAGUGGGUAGUUCUGUUCUCCUGCGCAAUGGAUUUUAAUUAUAGGCUUUUCUUCCACUCACAAAUUCUCAUGAAAAAGAGCAGCGCACACUAAUGGUGUGCCAUCUCAGACCACAAUAUCUGUUUUUAACAGGUCACACUGUCACCUCAUAUGCGUCAUAUUUUUCUGCUAUACUGUGUACUCCGAACUAAGUAGGUGCCUGCCUGCCUGCCUGUCUGUCUGCCUGGCCAGUGCCAUUACUAUCUAGAAUGCUUAUUCUGAAGCGUGUUGGUGAGUGGGAAAGUCUGUGUCAUGUACGCCUGAACUCAGCCAAAGAGCAUAUCAUGUGUCCCGUAUGCCUACAUGCAUGUCUGUGCAGUCCCAAGUCCACGAGCAUCAAAUGUAUUUUUUUCAUCAUGAGCAGAAGGGAAUCCUCUUCCUUUUGCAGAUUCACAAUCUUCAGACAUUGCAGCUGAGUUUACAAUCUGCAUCUUAUCUUAAAACAGUUGGACAUUUGGGGAAUUGUUUCAUUUUGACGAUUUGGGUGAGAAAAUUGAUAAAACUCUGUCUGUACGGCAAAUAUAAAGCUGCAACUAGCAGUUUGGUUAGCUUAGCAUAAAGACUGCAAAGGGGAAGCAGUUAGCUUGGCUUUUAUAUGGAUUAAACAUAGAGCACUGCAACUAGUGGAUAUGUUUAUGAUUGAUUAAUAUGCCAAUCCCAGAUGUCUAAAAAUUGACCAACAGUUCAAAUCGUACAGAUAUUCGGUUUACUAUUACAAAAAAAGCAGCAAAAUCUGCGCAAUUUAGAAACAAACUAGAGAAUGUUUGCUUGAAAAAUGAUUUUAAUCGAUUACCAAAAUAGUUUAUUUUUUAUUUUUUUUCUGCACAAUUAAUUUAGUUUUCAGCUCUAAAACAAACUAGAGAUAACGUGUUAACUAGUUGAACUGUAAAGGUGCUGGUCGGUGUGUUUUGUUCCCAUUGGACAGAGCCAGGCUAGCUGUUUCCUGCAGUUUCCUGUCCAUGUGCUAAGCUAAGCUGACGGGCUGCAGGCUGUGGCUUCAUAUUUAACACACAAACGUGAGAAUGGUAUGUCUAACCCUCAGCAAAGAAAUAAAUGAGAAAUAAGUGUAUUUUCCCAAAUGUCAAACUGCUCUCGUCAGUACAGCACUGCAGCAAGGCCUUGAGGCCAGAAUAUCAUAAAUCUAAUAUCAUAAAUCUCUGUGCAGACAAUGCACUGAUCACACACCAGCUAUGUAAGCUGAAUGUAAUUUGACGUUUUUAACUAUCCCCUUUUUAUGCCCUCAAAGGAAAUCUCUUCAUUGGUCCUGUCAUCAUGCCGGUCUUCAGUAAUGAUCUCAAACUGUUGGCCUGACUUGAGUGUUUUGUGUUAUCUAUGCUGGUAGUUAAUUGAAUGUGUUCAUCAAAGAGGUCCUAUCGUACGUCUUGCAGGAAUGUCAAAUACAACUUGUCCUGGGUUUCUGCCCAGUAAGGGAAACAUAGGAUCAGAAAACAUAUUUGUCCUCACUUCAACCCAUUAUGCCUUCAAUAUAAAAAUUUUAAAUUUAGAUAUGUAUUUGUUUAUAAAUAAAAAUGUAAUUUUAAUAAUCACCAAGCAUGCUCUUUAUAAGGAAUCUUUUCCUGAUGAGUUGAAUUAUCUAUUUUGUUUUAAUGUUUAUGUGCGAACUGCUAUGGCCCUCUGAUAUAUUUUAUCUGUUUUGUUAGAAUGCCCAGGGACAGUUGAAUGACAACAUUUGUUAACAGUUGUUUCUUGUGAUUAUGAUUCGAUGGAGAAAACAACAACUGCGUCUGUUGUGUAGUCAAUUUGUGUGAAACACAGUGCCUUUUUCAUGUUAUCUUUCGAAAUAUCUUUAUUGAACCAAUCCAUUCUUUUAAUAUAAGUUUUUAUUUUUCAGUCAGUCCUGUUGUACUUUAGCUGCGAUCCUGCUUGCUCACUUCUGUUCUGAUAGAUCCUCUGCUGUAAAUAUGUACAUUAUCAUUUCAUAUGUGUCUUCAGACCUGCACCACAUGUCCACGGUGUUUCUGUUUUUCAAAGGUAAACGCCAAGAUGUCACUGUGCUGGUUCCACUUGUACAUUUCUUUUAAAAAGGUACUUCAUAAUAAAGAUGUUGAAUAAAUCCUUCCUCUCUUUAA